GUCCAGUCGGCUCUCGGAUCGAGAGAAAGAGGUGGGAGACACAAAUCGUGGAAGUAUCCAGCCAAGGUCAAGACUUUAAUCAUCAUUGUCAGUCAGUGAACAUCAGGAUACUGCAGUAUAAUACUCUUCUAGUUUGGGGAACAGCACAAAGGCGCAACAAUGAUGACCCAAUUGGAGACGACGGUGCAAUAUGAUAACGGAUACAGCGAGGAGGACUAUAUGCCGCAGGAAGACGAGUGGGAUCGGGACCUGCUGUUGGACCCUGCGUGGGAAAAACAACAAAGAAAGACCUUCACAGCAUGGUGCAACUCCCACCUGAGGAAAGCAGGAACACAGAUUGAGAACAUCGAGGAAGACUUUAGAAAUGGCCUUAAACUCAUGCUGCUCUUGGAAGUUAUUUCAGGGGAGAGGUUACCCAAGCCUGACAGAGGGAAGAUGCGUUUUCACAAGAUAGCCAAUGUCAACAAAGCCUUGGACUUCAUCACAAGCAAAGGAGUCAAGCUGGUCUCCAUCGGAGCUGAGGAGAUUACGGACGGGAACAUUAAAAUGACUCUGGGAAUGAUCUGGACCAUCAUCCUCCGUUUCGCCAUUCAGGAUAUCUCUGUGGAAGAAACCUCGGCUAAAGAAGGCCUUCUGCUUUGGUGCCAGAGAAAGACCGCCCCCUACAGGAACGUCAAUGUCCAGAACUUCCAUAUCAGCUGGAAGGAUGGCCUGGCCUUCUGUGCUCUGAUUCACAGACACAGACCCGACCUCAUCGACUACGCUAAGCUCAACAAGGACGAUCCUAUGUGUAACUUGAACCUGGCUUUCGACAUUGCAGAGAAACACCUGGACAUUCCCAAAAUGCUGGACGCCGAAGAUAUAAUGGGCACAACCAGGCCUGACGACAGGACGGUCAUGACUUAUGUGUCAAGUUACUAUCACACCUUUGCAGGUGUUCAGAAGGCAGAGACGGCUGCAAACAGGAUCUGUAAGGUGCUGGGUGUCAACCAGGAGAAUGAGAAAAUGAUGGAGGAGUAUGAGAGACUGGCCAGUGAGCUCCUGGAGUGGAUCCGCCGGACCACGCCCUGGCUGGAGAACCGGACCUCGGAGAAGACCAUGGUGGAGAUGCAGCGGAAGCUGGAGGACUUCCGGGACUACCGCCGCAUGCACAAGCCCCCCAAGGUGCAGGAGAAGUGUCAGCUGGAGAUCAACUUCAACACCCUGCAGACCAAGCUGCGCAUCAGCAACAGGCCCGCCUUCAUGCCCUCUGAAGGCAAGAUGGUGUCUGACAUUGCCAGUGCGUGGCAGGGUCUGGAAGGGGCAGAGAAAGGCUACGAGGAGUGGCUUCUCACUGAGAUCCGCAGGCUGGAGAGACUCGACCACCUGGCGGAGAAGUUUCGCCAGAAAGCCACCACCCAUGAGACCUGGGCCAGUGGAAAGGACCUGAUACUGUCUCAGAAGGACUUUGAGACAGCCACUUUGACAGAGGUGCGAGCGUUGCUACGGAAACACGAGGCCUUUGAGAGUGACCUGGCAGCCCACCAGGAUAGGGUGGAGCAGAUUGCUGCCAUCGCCCAGGAACUCAAUGAGCUAGACUACCAUGAUGUGGCUGCAGUCAACCAGCGCUGCCAGAGCAUCUGUGACCUGUGGGACCAGCUGGGGACCCUGACCCAGAAGAGGAGGGAAGUCCUGGAGAGGACAGAGAAACUGUUGGAGACGAUUGAUCAGCUGUUCCUGGAGUUUGCCAAGAGGUCUGCUCCCUUCAACAACUGGAUGGAAGGAGCCAUGGAGGACCUGCAGGACAUGUUCAUUGUUCACACUAUUGAGGAGGUCCAGAGUCUGAUUGCAGCCCAUGAGCAGUUCAAGGCCACUCUCCCCGAAGCAGAGGGAGAGAGACAGGCUAUCGUUGGGAUCCACAACGAGGUGCAGAAGAUCUCCCAGAGCUACGGCAUCAAGGCUGACAUCCACAACCCCUACAGCACCAUCACCACUGAGGAGCUUCUUAUCAAGUGGGAUAAGGUGAAGAAGCUGGUUCCUCAGAGAGAUGGUUCCCUCCAGGAGGAACUGGCACGGCAGCAUUCCGACGAAAGGCUCAGACGGCAGUUUUCUGCCCAAGCAAACCUCAUUGGACCAUGGAUCCAGACCAGGAUGGAGGAGAUUGGCCGUUGCGCUCUGGAGAUAGGCGGGACUCUGGAGGACCAGAUGACUCAGCUAAAGCAGUGCGAGCACAUCAUAGUCGCCUACAAACCCAACAUCGAUAAGCUAGAGGGAGACCACCAGCUCAUUCAGGAGUCUCUGGUGUUUGACAACAAGCACACCAACUACACCAUGGAGCACAUUCGUGUGGGCUGGGAGUUGCUCCUCACCACCAUCGCUCGCACCAUCAACGAGAUCGAGACCCAGAUCCUGACCCGCGACGCCAAGGGCAUCAGCCAGCAGCAAAUGCACGAGUUCCGCUCGUCCUUCAACCACUUUGACCGGGAGAACAGGGGCAAGCUUCGUCAUGAAGAGUUCAAGGCUUGCCUCAUCAGCCUCGGCGGUGUGUGCAAUGACAAGCAGAAGAAGCACGGUGCGAUGGACACCGAUGACUUUAGGGCCUGUCUGAUCUCCAUGGGUUACGACUUGGGUGAGGUGGAGUUUGCCAGGAUCAUGAUGAUGGUGGACCCCAGUGCCACCGGGAUGGUUUCUUUCCAGUCCUUCAUCGACUUCAUGACCCGAGAGACUGCUGACACCGACACGGCAGAGCAAGUGGUGGCUUCUUUCAGGAUCUUGGCUGCCGAUAAGCCUUUCAUCCUGGUGGAGGAGCUACGGAGGGAACUGCCCCCUGACCAGGCAGAGUAUUGCAUCAUGAGGAUGCCCCCUUACCCUGGCCAGGGAGGUCCACCAGGGGCGCUAGACUACACUGCCUUCUCCACCGCACUCUACGGAGAGAGUGACCUCUAAGACCGCAAACCCCUUUAAAUGUACACUGACAAGACAGGCUAAACGUCAGUUGGUUCGACGUACAGUGGGUGUGUUUUAGUUCACUAAUAGCAUCCGAUGUUUAUCACAUCUCUUGUUUGAUCAGUGCCUAUGUCCAGGAACACAGCUAUGAGUUUAAUUCUGAUUCCUGAGAUUCUUUCUCUGGUAUUUUCAGUAUAACAGGAUUGUUUAACGCUAUUGAAAAUUAGUUAUUUAUAAUUCAAAUACUAGUGUGGUGAUGACAUAAAUGUGGAGACUUGGUGCCUAUGCAAAUGCUUGACACAUAUCAUUAUUGAUCUGCUAUCAUAAGAAGCCAUGUUACCCGUGUGAUUGAUUUGAAUUUACACAUGCAAGUCAUAACAGAGGGAACAUUGUACACACUAUCUUUUUGCAACAGAAUUAGUUACUUUGUACUGAUUAAAUGAAUUGAAACAUACAACCUUGCCUCUUUGAUAAUGUCGCUAAUUGCCUUGAAUCCUACUGAAUUCCAACAAACUUUGUAUCAAACCUUAAAUAGGGUUUAGGCUGCAUAGUUUGCUAACAGGCAGUGAAUGCUCUCAUUUAAUUCCUGGGGUGGAUGAGAAUGCAAACACAGUAUUCAGUCUAAAGCAGCCCAUGUUGGUACUAGGGCAGGGCAGUAUACCUUUAAUCUGUACAAAACCAAUGAUCAAGUGAAUCAAUCAUCCAAUAAAACCCUCUUUGUGUUGAAAUCAA